AUGUUGACUGCGGAUCUUAAAUCUCUAAGACUUCCACUUAGAAGAUUUUUUACUGGGGGAAGUGAUCCUUGGUAUAACAAUACUCACUCUAGUCAGUUGCGUGUCAUGCAUACCAACCAAUGGCCUAUUCCUUACUAUAAAAGAUCAGGAGUCGUCCCAAGAACUCUAUAUCCAGAAAAUGAUUAUAAUGUUACUAUUCAAGGAAAUACUCAUACCAGUCCAGACGACUCUAAUGUGUUCUACACACAGAGAUUCCUUAAGCAAAGUAUGUGGGGAAGAGAAGUUCUUGAAGCAGUGAAUAAAAUGGGAUUAAAAGGUAGUCUCAAUACUCGCAUUGAGUCUCCUAUAAAUUCAGCCAAAAUCUAUAUGAAUGACUUGUUGAAGCACAUUGAUUACACCAAAAAGGAAAACGAAAGAAUCUUGAAGAAGAAUAAAUUUAGUGACGCUUUCAGUUAA